AUGAUGGGCAAUUCUUCAUCAGCGAAGAGAUACAGAGAGAGCGAUAGAGAAAGAGUCACAGUGUCUUGUGUGAAACUUAACCAUGAUCCAAUAGAAUUGAAGGAAUGCCACUGCUGCUUCCUAUGGGCUGGCCAUUGGGCUGUUACAUUAAUCACCGCAGGCUUUAGACUAGUUAUGAUGGAAACAUGGUCCCCACAUUGUUCACAGCGAUUUUGGUCACAAGGAAGUCCACCACUGGAAAUUUGGAAUCUGAGAAUGGAGGAGUGCGAAGCUGUGGAUCCGGCCUGUUGCCCAGCUUCACAGAAGAGGAAGGAGAAGCAGAAACGUCCGGGCUGCUCGCUGGAGGGUCUCGGGGCAGAGCUGAAGCGCGGACACUGGCCGGAGCCUGAGCUGGCUUCGCUGGGGGGGCUGGACAUGGGGGAGCAGCUGUUUGUCUCCGUCUCCCCCUACCUGAGCUCGCCAGCCCCCCAGCCCCCCUCCCCACUCGUCAGCCCUGAGCCCUUCCCCCAGCUGCACAAGGACAAGGCAGAGCCUGGCGUGGGUGGGGGCGAGCCCCCGGCUCAGUACGAUGUGACGCUGAUGGAGGAGAAGCUGCAGCCAAUCGAGCAGCAGCUACAAUACCUGCUGAAGAAGGCGGAGGAGUUCCAGACGCACCUGGUCUACAGCAGAGACCGGAUCCACAACGAGGAGUUUGCCCGAGCUGUGCCGAUCUUUGUGAAGACCUGCCAGCCGUAUUUUGCCUACCUGGAGUCCACAGCCCGCAGUGCACACUCGGACAGAAAACCGCUCCCUGAGUACAUCCAGAAACGGCUUUUGCAGUUUUCCCAGCAGUUGGCGUCCAGCCUGGAGCAGUUGGUGUUGAUGUACGCUUCCUUCGGCUUCAUCUCCCUGGAGGAGACCGACCCAUGCAGUAUCUGCUAUUUUUACCGAGGAGAGUUCCGGCUCCGGCAGUGGCUGCACAUUUCUAUCUUCCGGUACUGUAUGCCGGUGCCCUACACAGCGGCCAGACAGCCCCGGCUGCUCUUCAAAAAGAUCCGUUGGAACGUCGACAUCAACCAGGGAUCCUCCUUCGGGGACCUGAACCAGACGUGCACAGAAUAUUAUUUCCUUUGCUAUAAAGAGGCUGGUGAGGUGACCGACCCCGGGAACCAGCCCAGCUCCAAACCAGCCAACGGCACCGGCAAAACCCGGCGAUUGUGGUCCAUCGGACGCUGGGUCCAGGUGGAACCGUCCCCAGGAGAGAUCGACCUGCUAUGCUGGUUCCUGUACAAACAGCCUCGCGCUGACUACCAGCUGCUCAUCACCAUCGGCUUUGAGGAGCCGUCACAGAUCACAGCCACCGACCUGCUGGUGGACAUCCUGAUCAACCAGCGCACUGGAGAACCUUCCGGAAGCUGCUUCCACCAGCCUAGACCCUUCACGUACUCCCAGAUCAACCGCCCCCCGGCCAUGCCCCCCGCAAUGCCACCCACCCUGGUUCCCCCGGAGGGGACUGAGCUUCACUCACACAGAGCCUCAGAGCUCGUCCCCCGCAAACCCCCAAACACACAGACCUUCUCCAUCCCAACACCAACAGAUGCACCCCAGAGCCCCCACCCCCACAGGCUGUGA